AUGUACCCAGAAUCCGCUGUUAUUGACAGAUGGUCAUUGAACCAGGCGCUGCGGAGUAUAAUGGCCUUUCCGCGCAUGUUUUCAAGCUCUCGGAGAACACCCUUUAUUCAUCAUCGCUUGUACGAUGCAUAUCUUCCAGAUGCCAUUCAAGACGCCCUUACUGUUUCUUCGGCGUACUGCAACAAGACCAAACAAACUGAGGAUAUAGUAUUACGCAUCUUGGAGAAUAAGUGCGCGAAGCUCGUGAAACAGGACCAUCAGUCCAGCACAUUAGAGGAGCUUCUCGCAACGGUGCAGGCACUGCUUCUCUUUCACAUCAUUCAGCUCUUUGAUGGUGAUAUUCGACAGCGCUCGCUAGCGGAACAGAACAUGGAUACACUCCAAGCCUUGACCAUGCAAUUACAGGUCCGAGCGACUGAUAUAGACUCGACGCCAACGUGGCAAGAAUGGAUCUUUACAGAGAGCAUCCGUAGAACUGUGAUUCUCUCGCUCUUCAUUGACGGGCUCUACUCGGCGCUGAAGGUUGGCACUUGCUCCAACAUUCGAGCAUUGAGUAUCUUGCCCUUCACUUCUAGUGUUGCUCUGUGGGACCUACCCACAAGUGCUUCGUGGCUUUCUGAGUCGCAUGACUUGAGAUCGAACACUGUGCUCUAUGGGGAUUUCUCACGGGCUUUUGAGAACGGACGUGUUCCAGGUGAAUUGGACGAGUUUCAGAAGUUGUUGCUAACGCCGUGCAUGGGUGAGAGAUACAGAGAAGUGUUGGAGAUGAAGGACUGA